AUGCAGAACCUCAAUGACCGACUUGCCAGUUACCUGGACAAAGUCCGAUGCUUGGAGGAGGAAAAUGCUGCGCUGGAGGGUCAAAUCAGGGAAUUUUAUGCCAAACAAGGGGCACUUGGUGAACCAAAGGACUACUCUCAUUUCCACCAGCAAAUUGAAGAUCUUAAAAACCAGCUCAUUCAUACAAGCGUGGAGAACAAUAAACUCCUGCUGUGCAUUGACAAUAGCAAGCUGACUGCUGAUGACUUCAGAACCAAGUAUGAGACAGAAUGCUGCCUCCGUCAGAAUGUGGAGGCUGAUAUUAAUGGCCUGCAUCAAAUCCUGGAUCAGCUGACAGCCUGCAGGGCUGACCUGGAUGCUCAGAGCGAGAACCUGCAGGAUGAGCUGUGUUGCUUGAAGAAGAACCACGAGGAGGAAAUAACCUGCCUGAAGAAACAAUGCACUGGUGAUGUCAGUGUGGAAGUCAAUACAUGUCCUGGACCGGAUCUGAAGAAGAUCCUGGAAGAGAUGAGGUGCAAAUAUGAGACUAUGAUUGAAGGCAAUCGCAAGGAAGUCGAAGCCUGGUAUGGAUCUAAGAUUGAGGAGGUCAACCGUGAUGUCUCCAGUAGCAGUCAGGAGAUUGAAGAAAGUAACAACAAGGUCACUGAACUGAGGCGCCAAAUGCAAGCCCUAGAGAUUGAUUAUGAUGCCCAAUGCAGUCUGAGGGACACCCUGGAAGCCUCACUGGGUGAAACGGAACAUCGCUACAACAACCACUUGGCUGAACUUCAGGAACGCAUCUCCUGCUUGGAGCAGCAGCUGGCAGAGCUGAGGGCAGAGAUGGAGUGCCAGAACCAUGACUACACAGAGCUCCUGGAUGUCAAGAGCCGCCUGGAGCAGGAGAUUGCCACAUAUCGUGGCUUGCUAGAAGGGAGCCAGCAUGAUAUUGUUGGAGGAGGAGGAACCUCUAGUAGAGUCAGCAGUACAUCGGGUGGAAGAUCUGGUGAAGUCCACUCAUCCCACACUUAUGUGACCCAUUCUUGGGGUAAUUCUGCAGGACAUUCUGCAGGACAUUCUGCAGGGCAUUCUGCAGGUCAUUCAAGCCAUGGAGGCCAUUCACAUCAUUAGGCUGUGAGAAAGAGGUGCAUGAGAGAACUGCAGCAGAAUGGACGGAGACCAACCUAUGCCAGAGAAAUGUUAUUAGUAGUUCUUCCAAACUGCUGUUUCUUCAUUUCUCCAAACUGAUCAAAGCUCCCACUUUGAGCUUUCCUCCAUGCUACUGCGUCUUACCCAUUAUUCCUCAAGAUGCCACCUGUGCUGUUUCGCUUUCUUACCAAGUAUACGUUAGUGCCGUGGUUAGCUAGUUACUAACCACAGAAAACAAAAGUUGUCCAAAAUAAAUCUCUGCUUUUCUC